ACUGCGUGGAUGCGAUUAUCCACAGUGACAUCUCAUCUGAUGCUGCGGAUUACGAGGCCGAGUCGUGGAGUCUCACUGUGGAGCACAAGUUCUGCAAGAAGCAGGACAAACGAGCCGUCAAGAGGCAGGACGUUAUCUAUGAGCUGAUGCAGACCGAGCUUCACCACCUCCAGACGCUACACAUCAUGGCGGAGGUUUUUCGGCGAGGCAUGAAGGAGGAAGUGCAGCUAGAUACAGACGCGGUGGAGCGGGUCUUCCCCUGCCUGGACCAGCUGCUUCUCUUCCAUCACGCCUUCUUCGCUGCCAUGAAGGAGCGGCGACUCAGCUCAGUCCAGCCCCAGGGACACAGGAACUACCUCAUCCAGCGAAUAGGAGACGUCUUGCUCCAACAGUUUUCAGAUGAGAACAGCGAGAAAAUGAAGCAGGUGUACGGAGAUUUCUGCAGUCGCCACAAUGAAGCGGUCAGCUUUUUCAAAGAGCUCCAGCAGCAUAAUAAGAGAUUUCAGAACUUCAUUAAGCAACAAGGAAAUAAUUCUUUGGUGAGACGGAGGGAAAUCCCAGAGUGCAUUUUGUUGGUGACCCAGAGGAUUACAAAGUACCCAGUGCUGCUGGAGAGGAUCCUCAAAUAUACCCAAGAGGAAACAGAAGAGCACGCCGACCUUUCAAAAGCACUGGCUCAGAUCCGAGAGGUGAUAGCAGCCGUGGACCUGAGCGUCAGUGAGUACGAGCGCCAUCAGAGGUUACAGGAAGUGUGGAGCCGCAUGGAGAACCGCAGCGCAGCCAAGCUGAAGAAUGGCCAUACGUUCCGCAAGCAGGACAUGAUGGGGCCAGGACAGACACUCAAGCAUCAGGGCGUCCUACUGUGGAAAACCGCCACUGGACGACUUAAAGAUGUCCUGGCACUUCUUCUCACAGAUUCACUCAUCUUCCUGCAAGAGAAAGACCAGAAGUACACGUUUGCCACUGUG